AAAUUUUUCAUCUGACCUUAUAAUUUUCAGUAAAUAUUAUAGUUUGGAUUUUUUAUACAAGAUAAAAAUGAAAUCAUGUAAAAAAUAUUUUAGUGAUGAUUCACAAUAGCUGUUCCGAAGAUAGUUGCCGAGGGAAAGACAACUCAUUGUUUGGGUUAGGGAGCUUAGCGAUGAACGUGUGCGACACGCUUUUAGCUUUGACCGGAGCAUGUUCUGGUACACUAAGUAUUUAUUUGUACAGGAAGUACAGGCAUUGGCAACAAGCAGCAUAUUGUAUCCAGCGAGCAGAAACUGUAGAACUUAACAAUGGUUUAGAAGAUAAAAUAAGAGCAGCAGAAGAUCACCGCAUUGCAUUUGCGGUAGUGGUAGGAAAAGUGCAGUGUGUGGGAAGAACUUUGUCAAGUCGCACACGAAAUGGAUUAGGGGUAAUCCGUCAAACACAGCUUUCUGAGCACAGAUCAAGAAAAACACAUGGCAUAUGGACCAAUGUAACAAAGAUAUUACAUGAUACCUUGGAUUCUGUCCCUUUUGCACUCUCAAACCCAGCCAAUGGCUAUCAGAUUAUGGUCACUGAGGCUAUAGAAGCAGAAAAUAUUCUAAAGGAACUAGAUGUUACGCACAGUAACUUCAUUCCGUACACAGUUUCAUCACUACAUGAUGAAGAUUGGGUAUUUGGAGAGGUGUUUCGAGGCGUUCAAGAAACAGAGAAAAUGCUGCAUGUAGGUACAUACCUGAUGGGAAUAGGUGAACUAGUUAUCGAAAAUGGCCACAUUAGACUGCAGCCUCCAGAAGACCUGGUCUAUAUUCUUACUAAACAGACGAAGAGUCAGGUUAUAAGACAAUAUUUAUAUCAAGCCACGACCUUUAAACUUUCCUGUUAUGCAAUGAGUGCCUUGACUGCUGUGGUUCUUGGAUUUGCACUGUGGAGAGUUAUUCAUGGUUGUCUCCAAAGGUUCAGAAUGACAAGAGGAUUUGAAAAAAUACGGCGUUUAGCACUCACGGCCAGGAGAAGCAUGAUUCGUGCAGAAGAUCUGAGGCAGAAUGAAAUAUGUGUAAUAUGCCUGGUUAAUGUUAGAGAGGUCGUCACUUUGGAGUGUGGCCAUAUUGCAAUGUGUAGUAGCUGUGUGCAGUGGCUAACCUAUCCUCACAGGUGUCCUGUUUGUCGUCAACAUAUUGAAAGAUUUCUGCCUGUGGAGUUUGAGUUUCCAGUCUAAAAAAAAAAAAAGUAACAUUAUGAACAGCAAUAUGUUCCUGUAGCCCAACAAAUUUAUAUUUAUUGGCUUAAUAAAGUUUAUUUUGGGGAAAAAUCACUUUGUUCCUUCUGGAUAAAGAAAUGAGAUGCACACAAACUUUUGUAUUAGAAGGCAAUAUAAAAACAGCACUGAUGCAACUUGAGACAAGUAAAACUUUUACGAACUUGUGAUAACACUGCUUCCAUCGACUCAACUGUUAUCGUUCACAACCGUCAAAAUCUCUAUUUGCGCUUUUGGAGAUAAUGCAGUUGUAUGACCAGUAUAUCACCAGUAUAUGAUUAAAUGUUUUGGCGCGUUUUAAAAAGAUGUUCAUCGCAGUAAAAACAUAAUUAAACAAACAGCAAAAUAAUGUUUGUAAAGGAAUGUCGACAUUAGAAAGUCUACAGACGAUCGAAUGAUCGAAAAAGCAGAUGAAGUGUACAGCGUUCCUUAUUUAUUUCAACCAUAAUUAACCUAUGAAUACUACCAUCGAAAAAAACCGAAUAAUCAGAUUUAAUAUUUCCAAAUUUCAAGCAUUACUUAGCACAUUCAGUUUCAAUGCUUCGGACCACACCUCGGUAGUUACGAAUGUUUUAUUUUAAUCCGCAAGUUUUAAAAAAAGCGAAAGUAAAAUGCUUUCUAUUUUCCAAUUCUAAAUUUCACGACUUUGGCAUAAUCUAAUUGCUACAUGAUAAUUAGCUAAAAAUAAGAAAGGCAGAAAAAGAAAUUAAAACUCGAAAGCUGUUGGGGGU